CCCACAAAGCCAGCUGUUCAUCUGUUGACAAUUCUACUCCACCCUCUGUGAUGCACUUCAGUUCUUGGCAUCCUGGGCUGGGUGGACCUACAAGAGAAGCGUGUCUGGCUUUGAAUCUGCAGAGAACUCAGAUAAUUCAUGAAGGCAGAUGAAGACGAUGUUGUCCUUGGAACCCAGAGCCCUAGUCCAGCUGUCACUAAAGUGCCUGCUCCUGGAGGAGUUGUUGGGCACCUGUGCAGGAACCCAUACUCUGCACUAUAACCUCAUGGCCUUGUCUCUGGAGGGGCCAAGGAGGUCCAAAUUCAGGGCCCAGGGAUACAUUGAUAAUGAGCUCUUCCUGCGCUAUGACAGCUACAGGAGAAGAGCAGAGCUCUGGGGGCCUAGAAUAAAGAGACAAGGAGGAGCUGAGAUCUGGACAAGAGAGACUGAGGACAUGCAGGAGAAGGAGGAGCAGCUCAGGAGGAUGCUGACUGAGGUCAUGACCCAGAAGGGCCAGCAUCGAGGCAUUCACACCCUUCAGGCAACUUUCGGCUGUGAAACCCAAGGAAACAACACUGGAGGCUUCUGGCGCUUGGGCUAUGAUGGGCAAGACUUCCUCAUCUUUGACCAGAAGAUCCCAACAUGGAAAGUGGCUGUGCCUUCAGCAUACUCAUCCAAGAUAUUCUGGGAGAGACAUGGCCCCAGUGUGGAAAAAGUUAAGACUUUUCUGAAUGGCAUAUGUCCUGACCGUCUCCAGAGAUAUUCGAUUUAUUCGGGGAACCAAUUGAUGGAUACAGGUACUGACUAUGGGUGGGUGGGUCCAUUCACUGAGUCUGACAGCGUCUUGCUACAGCUGGAUCAGCUGGCCUCUGACAGUGAGAUUUUCAUGUCCUCUCAAGUUCUCCUUAUAGGUUCCCCAAACAUGACAGUGACCAGCAAAGUGCACGAAUUGGGCAGGAUCACCCUGACGUGCUGGGCUUUUAAUCUGUAUACUCCUGUGGCCACUCUGACCUGGCUGCGGGAUGGGAAGCUGGCACAGCAGCACACCUUUGGCCCUGGGACCAUCCUGCCCAGUGGGGAUGGGACCUACCAGACCUGGGUGUCUAUUUGGGUUCUUCCUGGACAGGAACCACACUUCACCUGCCGUCUGAGGCACUGCAGCAAGAACAUUGAAGUCCCUACACUCCUUGGACCUCAAGCCAGGAAAACUGUUGAAGCCACCAGCUCUGCUUCUGCUCUUGUGGCUUCUGCUUUUCCUGCCUUCUUGGUGUUUCUAGUCUGGACCUAGAGAAGCAAGAACACACAGGACAGCAAGAGACCAG